AUUUAGAUUAGUAGAAAACAUAAUUCUAACGUCAACCCCAAACGACUUGCUUUAGCAAUCCAAAAAUCCUCUUUCUCCAGGAAAGAGAAAAAAAAGAAACAUGAGGGCACAGCAGAGGCCGAUCCACGCGGUGUCGAUGUGGGUGAGACGACAGCCGCCGAAGGUGAAGGCUUUUUUGGCGGUAGUAUCCGGGAUGGCAGCGCUUGUUCUUCUUCGAUUCAUCGUUCACGACCAUGAUAACCUCUUCGUCGCUGCGGAGGCUGUUCACUCCAUCGGAAUCUCUGUCCUUAUCUAUAAGCUCACAAAGGAGAAGACUUGUGCUGGACUAUCACUCAAAUCCCAAGAACUAACAGCUAUCUUUUUAGCUGUUAGGCUGUAUUGUAGCUUUGUCAUGGAAUAUGAUAUACAUACGGUACUUGAUUUGGCCACAUUGGCUACAACAUUAUGGGUUAUUUAUAUGAUCCGUUUCAGACUAAAGUCCAGCUACAUGGAAGAGAAGGACAACUUUGCUUUAUAUUAUGUUCUUGUCCCAUGUGCAGUACUGGCUCUAUUUAUUCACCCCUCAACAUCUCAUAAUAUAGUGAACCGGAUUUCUUGGGCAUUCUGUGUAUAUCUAGAAGCUGUUUCAGUUUUACCUCAGUUGCAAGUGAUGCAAAAUACUAAGAUUGUUGAGCCUUUCACAGCUCAUUAUGUAUUUGCAUUGGGUGUUGCAAGGUUCCUCAGCUGUGCUCACUGGGUUCUCCAGGUUUUAGACAGUCGAGGACAUUUGCUGGUAGCCCUAGGUUAUGGAUUGUGGCCCUCCAUGGUUCUUAUAUCGGAGAUUGUUCAAACUUUCAUUUUAGCAGACUUCUGUUACUAUUAUAUCAAGAGUGUCUUUGGAGGGCAGCUUGUUCUCCGUCUUCCCUCCGGAGUAGUAUAACUGAAGAUGCUGCUUUGCUUUGGUCGAUGAGCUUGUUGCCGAAAGAAAGUAUUAACUUGGUUACAAAUGCGACUAGGUAUCCAUAUUUUAAGUUUCCUUACGACUGGAAUUAGCGGAUUGUUUGUAAAUUUGUUUUUUGGGGGAAAGGGGGGGUUGCUAAAGCUUUGGGUGGAUAUUAAUAUUGAAAACAUUUCAUAGACGGAGUCCAAUACUAAUGUUUUGCUUGUAUGAAGUGAAUUAUUAUAGAC